CUUGCCGAGGGGGCGGCACUUUCGCUCCUGACCCACGCUGGACGCCCAGGGACUUCAGCGAGGACGCAGCGCGAGCCGAGCCGCGGGUUCAGGAGCAGCGCGCGGGCAGCGAGCGCGUUUCUCUCAGGCUAGAUUCCUUUCCGUUUCACGGGAAGAAGCCCAGGUAUUUUCACGCAGAGGAGGGACGAUGUAGCUCCAGGCUCAGCUUCUCUCCUCAUACUUGCAGGUCCCUUGUUUGUGGUCUGCUGCACCUCUGGAAGGCUAUGAUGGGAAUGAAGGUGGCUGCCUGCAGGUUUCACCGGACCGGCUGCUUCUGCCUAGAAAGUCAUCCUUUCCAAGCAGGAAAAGUGCUCCCCGUGGUGGUCGACCUCAAGGGACCAGACACACUGUAGAGAGAAAUGGAUGAAAGCAGCCUGGGGGGCCCCAGACGUGUGCUCCCCGUGGUCUAGUCCAGGGACGCCCUUUGGCGGGGCCCUGGCCUUCUGGAAUGUGGCCGGCUGCGGCUGCAUGGCUGAUUGCUGAGUGACGAUGCUUCGCCGGGGGCUGCUGGCGUGGGUCUCUCGCGUGGUGGUUUUGCUCGUGCUGCUCUGCUGUGCCGUGUCCGUGCUCUACAUGCUGGCCUGCACCCCGAAGGGGGACGAGGAGCGGCUGGGGCUGCCCCGGGCCAACGGCCCCACGGGGAAGGAGGGGUACCAGGCCGCCCUGCAGGAGCGGGAGGAGCAGCACCGCCACUACAUCAGCAGCCUCAAGCGGCAGGUCGCACAGCUCAAGCAGGAGCUGCAGGAGCGCGGCGAGCGGCUCAGGAGCGCGCAGUCUCACCCCAGCGACGCGGCGGGCGUGCGGCUGGAGCCGGGGCCUCCCGAGAAAACCCAGGCGGACUUGCUGGCCUUCCUGCGCUCGCAGGUGGACAGGGCGGAGGUGCACGCCGGCGUCAAGCUGGCAACGGAGUACGCCGCCGUGCCUUUCGACAGCUUCACGCUGCAGAAGGUGUACCAGCUGGAGACCGGUCUGACUCGGCACCCCGAGGAGAAGCCCGUGAGGAAGGACAAGCGGGAUGAGCUGGUGGAAGCCGUGGAGUCGGCCCUGGAGACCCUGAACAGCCCUGCGGAGGGCAGCCCGAAUCGGCGCCCCUACUCGGCCUCGGAUUUCAUAGAAGGGAUCUACCGCACAGAAAAGGAUAAAGGCACUCUGUAUGAGCUCACGUUCAAAGGGGAGCAGAAGCACGAAUUCAGACGACUCGUCUUGUUUCGACCGUUUGGCCCCAUCAUGAAAGUAAAACAAGAAAAGCUCAACAUGGCCAACACACUCAUCAACGUUAUCGUGCCACUGGCAAAGCGGGUAGACAAGUUCCGGCAGUUCAUGCAGAAUUUCAGGGAGAUGUGCAUCCAACAGGAUGGGAGAAUUCAUCUCACCGUUGUUUACUUUGGGAAGGAAGAAAUGAAUGAGGUCAAAGGAAUACUUGAAAACACUUCCAAAGCUGCCAACUUCAGGAAUUUUACCUUCAUCCAACUGAACGGAGAAUUUUCUCGGGGAAAGGGCCUUGAUGUGGGAGCCCGCUUCUGGAAAGGAAGCAACGUCCUUCUCUUUUUCUGUGACGUCGACAUCUACUUCACCUCCGAAUUCCUCAAUACGUGCAGACUGAACACACAGCCAGGGAAGAAGGUAUUUUAUCCGGUCCUUUUCAGUCAGUACAAUCCCGGCAUAAUAUACGGCCAUCCGGAUGCAGUGCCUCCCUUAGAACAGCAGCUGGUGAUAAAGAAGGAGACUGGAUUUUGGAGAGACUUUGGAUUUGGGAUGACCUGUCAGUACCGGUCAGACUUCAUCAAUAUAGGCGGCUUUGAUUUGGACAUCAAGGGCUGGGGCGGAGAGGACGUGCACCUUUACCGCAAGUACCUCCACAGCAACCUCAUCGUGGUGCGGACGCCGGUGCGCGGGCUCUUCCACCUGUGGCACGAGAAGCACUGUGCGGACGAACUGACCCCCGAGCAGUACAAGAUGUGCAUGCAGUCCAAGGCCAUGAACGAGGCGUCCCACGGGCAGCUGGGCAUGCUGGUGUUCAGGCACGAGAUAGAGGCUCACCUUCGCAAGCAGAAACAGAAGACGAGCAGCAAAAAAACAUGAACUCCCAGGCUUAGACCUGGGGAGAUGCUUUCGUUUUUCCCUUUCAUGAUUACCAAACAUGGGGCUGUGACAAGGAAGAGGUUUCCCUAAAGGGAAAAGAAAAAAAAAAAAAAAAAGAAUUUGACUGAUUAGUAAAACAGAGGAUGGGAGAGAGCCUCUGAUUUCUCUCUGCUUAUUUGGCUGGACUUAACAGGAAUUAAAAUCUCCCACUUUGCGUGCAAAAGUGGCCCAAAAGCAUCCCGUUCCGGUGUCAGACAAAGCCAGAAUGAUUGUGAGGUUAUGAACCCAAAGGCGUGGAGAUUUUGAUUGUGUUCACAACAGUGAGAACUGUUGUCUUUUGUGCUCAUUGAAAUAGUUAUGAAUUAAGACCAGUUUUAUAAAAAAAGUUCUUUGGAAUGAGAGGCAAGCACGUGUCUCCCCAUAGGAAUGAUGACAGGGGUAGGGCUCUAGGGCCGGGGAGUGCUGGUGAGAUUCGGAGAUACACUCAUGGCUGUCCUUGUGAGUGUAUUAAGCAAAACCAAAUGGACUCAAAAAGAAAAAAAAAAGAAACUAUUGCAUUAUUUUUAUCCAAGAUUAACCAAAAAUAAUCUGCUCAUCCUUUUUAUUAUAGUUUUAACCAUCCCCACUUCUUAAUUUUAUUUUAAAAAUGCACUUUUUUUGGCUUAUGAGUUAUAUUCUGCUUAUUUAAUUAGCAAUUUUCAAGCCUUACUAAGAGAGCACAAGUUAGCAUAAAUUUUUAUAUCUUUUAAGAAGAUACUCGUAGGUGUAUUAUGAGAACUUAUAGUUCAGAUCGAGCCCCAGAUCCAAGGACACGCCGAAUGCUGAUCCCAUCAGACACCGAAUGUCAGACCUCGGUCGUGUGGAAGUCACGGUGUGGGGCUACUGGUACAUUGAGACAGAGAUACGUUAUCCGAAGACUAUUUCCCAAGAGGAGAAACUGAACACUGGAGGGAAAGAAAGAUCUACUUCUUCCCUUAACAGAAAAGGAAACUCAUUCAGACUGGUUAUAUUUUGAUUUAUUCAAAAGUCAGAAAACACAUUUUCUCCUCAGGAGAACUGGGGACCACUUUCUUACCUGUUUAAAUAAACCAAAGUAUACUGUGUGAGCCAAACUAUCUUUUUUCAAAGCAGGGUGCUCUUCCUGGCGGCUGACUUUUAUGAAAAGAAGUGCAGAAAAACGUAUUUUGUGGAAGAUCACUCCAUCUGCCAGAGUCAAGUGGGAGGGAAGAUUUUGCUACAAGUUCACCCACCCCAGUCUAGGGGAAAGUAACUUAACUAUUUUUUAAAUGAAACAGUUCUACUUAGUUGCCAAGAUGCUUCUGAAAAUGGCAUUUUAUUACAGUUUCCAACUAUUAAAAAAAUACAGUUAAUAACAUUGAGUGGUUUCUAUGUUCAUGUGAAAAUUAUUUAUUUAUUAGCCAGCACCAGAUGCAUGAGCUAAUUAUCUGUGAUUCCUUGCCUUCUGUUUGCCCACAGUCAACUCAUUGUUUAAAAGCUUCAAGAACAUUCAAGCUGUUGGUGUGUUAAAAAAAAAAAAAUGCAUUGUAUUGAUUUGCACUGGUAGUUCAUAAAAUUUAAUUAAAACACAGGACAUGAAUGGAAGGUGGCAUUGGACAGCUAAUAAAAUAUGAUUUGUGGAUAUGA